UCCGUGUAAUAUCUAAGUUUUUAUUUGCUGACUAUAAACCAUUUACUAAACCCUGGCAAUUCCUAACUAACAAUAACGUGAAACCUUAGCCAGGGUCCCACAAGGAGCUUUCAGUGUUUUUAGUGUUGGGGCUCUUAUUUUGAAAUGUCACCGGAUAUGUAGCGUUUGAUUCCGUCAGUCUUCACACUCACAGCGGUCCGGAGCAGCCUGUCAGUCCUCCGGUCUACUUUGCUCGCAUCAUUCACGGCGGUUAGCUAUGUGACUGUGUGGCUGCUUCUUCUGCUUCCCGGACCCCCUCCGCGUCCCGGUCUCUCCAGUCCGGCGUCCGUUCAGGAUGGAUCCGUGCAGAGCUAAACUGGAGCCCACCAGCCUGGUGAAGCUGUACGGGGAAUUUACGGGAACCAGUAACCGAAAAGGCAGGUGUGCCGUCAUCCUGACCGAGAAGGACCUCGUCGUCCAGAGGCUCACGUCGGCACCUGUCGGACGGAACAAGGUGGUGCUCAGUCUGAAGGACUGUGUCGGCUGCCGGGCUUACCGGGGAAAUGACAGUGCGGAUACGGCAGCGUACUUAGUCGCCUACUUUUACCCGCUCAAACGGCGGUGGAUGAGUUCCAGGGUAUCGCGGCAAAGAGUGGAGCAGGGCUUUCGGCUCGCCUCGCUCCAGGACCCGCAAGCUAACCUGGAGGAGGCAGAGAAGUGGGCUCGCGCUGUCCGAGAGCGCUCUGCCCGGCAACAGUUCCCUAGAAACGGGGUGUUGAUGAGCCAAAUGUCCCGCCCGUGCCAGAUGAUGCUGCUGGUGAACCCACAGAGUGGGAAAGGACAAGCACUCACGCUGUACAACAACCACAUCCAAAGGAUGCUGAAUGAAGCCGGCAUCAAACACACUCUGGUUAUCACGGAGCGGCAGAAUCACGCUCGGGAGAUGCUGAAAGAGGCCGACCUGUCGCAGUGGGACGCUUUAGUCAUCAUGUCAGGAGACGGACUUCUGUAUGAGGUGAUAAAUGGUCUGCUAGAGAGGCCAGAUUGGGAGGAGGCCAUCCGGACACCGCUGGGUAUCCUUCCUGGUGGAUCAGGCAACGCCUUGGCUGCAUCCAUACAUCAUUACUCUGGAGCCUCUCCUGUGACCAGCGAGGAGCUCCUGGUCAGCUGUGGCUUCCUGCUCUGCAAAGGUCUGGUGUCCCACAUGGAUAUGGUCUCCGUCCAUCUCUCCUCCAGCCCCCGUCUCUUCUCCUUCCUGUCUCUGGCCUGGGGCUUUGUAGCAGACGUCGAUAUAGAGAGCGAGAAGUACCGUCACUUUGGCGCCGUCCGUUUCACCAUUGGCACGCUGGUGCGUCUGGCCUCUCUCCGCGUCUAUAAGGGCAGGCUGGCUUACCUGCCCGCCACCAAGGACCACAACAGCGAGGAGGCUUUGAGGAGUAACACAAUGCUCUGCAACGAUCGCGCCCCCCCCGUGACACUAGCUGCUGCCAGAGACUCCUCCUUCCACAACUCCUGCCACUCCAACAACUCCCUCAAAGUGAGGCGGGUGGAGAGCACGCCUUCCCGAAGCGCCACCAAAGCCCUCCCCGGCCCACACGAUUCCCUGCUGCCACCUCUGGAUCAGCCGCUGCCCGACGACUGGGUGGUGGUGCCGGAGGAAGACUUUGUCCUCAUGCUGGCCAUGUACCAAUCCCACCUGGCGGAGGAUCUCCUGGCGGCACCAGAGGCCACCUUGGACGACGGCGUCAUUCAUCUUUUUUACGUCAGAGCGGGGAUAUCGCCCACUGCGCUGCUGAGGCUGUUCCUAGCUAUGGAGAAGGGUGCACAUCUGACUACUAACUGCCAACAUCUGGUGUACACUAAGGUGCGGGCGCUCAGGCUGGAGCCGUACUCACCCAAAGGAAUAAUUACAGUAGACGGAGAGGUGGUAGAGUACGGCCCAGUACAGGCCGAGGUGCACAGAGGCCUGUCGAGGUUAAUCACUGGAUGAGACUGAACAAUCUCGACUGCCCGCUUUCAUCUCUGCGCUGUGACGGCGUUUAACAAUAAACACGUUUCACCUGUCGCAUCAGGAACUGUGCGGCUGCAGGAGCAAAGCAGCGGAUUCAAGCCUCCUGAUGUUAUUACAUUAAAAUGCCAUGAGCGGAGUGUUCAGUAUUAGACAAAUAAUGAAACGAACUCCAAAUAAUGCCAUGAAUUACACUAAAAAUGACUUUUUUUCAAGCUUAGCUUGAUAUUUUAUUAUUAAACAUUCUUUUCACAAUAAGAGCUUUUAGUACAGAUAUUUUUACCUUUAAAUCAACGCAAACCGAGUCAGUUCAAAGUUGAUGUAAUUGGCUCAUUUCAAGCUCUAUAUUAGAGUAACAUCAGUGGCUCCACAGUGUAGUGGUUUACACACCCCAGUUCUAAUUCCAGGAAGAGAUACAAAUCUCUAAACAUGCGUAAAGCCCUUUGUGAAAUUUGGGAACAGCCAAAACUGACCUUUUUAUUAUUCACAGUUAGCUUCUCUUCCCGUAAAACUGCUCGACGACAUCAGAAAGAUUCAAGAGUAGAGAAAAAAAUGUCUCAAACUGAGUGUUCAGCUCAGUUUUUCCUCACUUCCUGACGUCUGUGAAUAUGUUUCUUUAAUGGUUUUUGUUUUGUUUUACAACACUUGAAAAAAGAAUUAAUAAAUAUUAAUUUAGUUUUUUAAAAUAACAAAAAUGCAGCACAAACAAUUCAAAAAGCUCUGAUGUAACAGGCUGUUAUUGUGAAAAGAUUUCAUUUAAAAGUAUUAAGCAUCAUUAGGUUUUUAAUUCUGAUUAUUUAAUGUGACUGUUAAUUUAAUACUGAACACUCCGAAGCCAUGACUGUGUGAACUGAUGGUAGUCCUGCCUCACUUGAGCUAAAACACAAACACAUAAAAACCCACGUUUCCUCAUCCAUUCAUCAAACGUUCAGCCUCCGGAGAACGAAAAUCCAUCACCAUCUUUUUCCCGGCGUCUCGUUUCAUCGCGGCUGCACGAAGAGCGACGUUUGUCUGCGUCGCAGCAAACACAUCAGCCAGAAUUACAGCAUCUUAUGCAACGACGGGGGAUUAGUUUUCUCUGGCCUUUACGCUCCUCUGCAGUGCAGCGUGUUUGUGUCUGUUUGUGUGAGAGAGGCUGAAACUCGUAAAUGAAAGCCUUUAUGGACGUGACCUUCAGGAGGGAAGGCGCUCGUCUGUGUCAUGGGCGACGCCAAGGCAGGAAAACGUCUGUUUCUUCAUGUUAUCUUAAAGUGAACCCCAGCUAAGCACAUUGUAUAAAUAAUCAUUAGAUAUAAGUAUUUUUAUUUAAUUUAUUUAUAUUUAUUUUAUCAUGUAUCAGAGCUUCGUGGGGCGCUCCUGCACCAGCGUUCCUGGUUUCUGAUCAGAAGCCAUCACGUUGCUUCGCUCUCCGAAGAGUUUCUCGUUGUUGCCUUAAACUUGUCAACUUGAUCCUGUUUCUUGAAAGCAGUAAAGGGUAAUUUCACACAUUCACUAGCGCCUCCCCAGUUCAAGAUUUUUAAACCAGCCACGUUAACUUGUCCAAGCAGAAUUGCGUCCAACAUAUCUUCAUCCAGCCUAGAGGCUGUGUGUGGGCCUCAGCAAGUGAAUUGCACCAAAAUUUAAGUAGAAGUCCUACUGGAACCUUGGGAAAGGGAUAAAUUGACUUUCAGCUGUGGAAUUUGCUGCCUGGCAUCAGUGGAUCCAGAUUCGUCUGUGGUCUUAACCCUCUGAGUCGUCAUAGGCGACGGUGGAAAGGUGAAAAGGACUUUUUUGGGGGAAGAAAUGAAAAUACUUUUUUAUAUUUAGAAUGAAUAUUUUAGUUGUUCCCUGAUUGCCAAGUUUAAUAGAAUAAAAAUACAAAUAUGUAUUCCAUCAUUUAAGUGAAUCACGGGUUAGAGUUGGGUCACUGAUGACGAUGGGCAAGAGUGAAUGUAAAGAAACAAUCCACCUUAAAACACAGUAAAGAAGCGGUCACACCCACAGAAAUCUCACACAGCUUUGGCACCGUUUUCACGUUCAUAUUUCCCUCGUGACUCAGACUUUCUUUUGGCACGAGAUUUUCAUAAAGCGGCAGGAAAACGUAAGAGGAGGAAAAUUCGUUAGAGGUUUUGUUGACAUAAACGGGUUUUGAAAUCUGUGAGGCGUUCAGAUUGCUGCGCCUCCAUCUUCACGACAGUUUUUAGUUUUUGUGUCUUGAAACAGCUCCAGUGAAAAAUGUUCACAGGCACAUUUUGUGUGGAUGUGAAUUCUGAUUAAGCCAGAUUUGGUUUUUCACUCACAACAAACAAAACUCCCUCAGCCGUGUCAUUGUGCUGCAGGCCGGACCUUAAAGCCGCAGAGUUCUUCGCCCGUUUAGAAAAACCACAACACCUCCAGCGAGUGUUUAAGUGCUCGCGGGUGGAGUUUCUCCCUCAAACAGCUGCGGCUCUGCUCUUCCUCACUUAAGUGAUGCUUUUGUGUUUGUAGUUUUUUUCUUUGCCUCGCUCUCUGCCAUCAUCCUCACCAUAGCACCCAUCUUCUUCUGCUUUCAUCCAUCUAUUCGUUGCUUUUGGUACCACUGCAGAGCAGUCAGAGCACACACACAGUGGCAGAUUUAUCAUCACCGAGGUGUCCUUAGCACUGAGCUUUAAAUCACAGAGAAAACGGCUGCAGAUUUCAAAAUGUUUGUGAACACUGAGGAGCCUUAAACAGGGGUUUUGGGUGGAGGGUAAAGCUGGUUACACAGAGUGUAAGGGAGUGGACAUGGAGGAGGAGAAGGGGGAGAUAUUGACUUGUUAAAUGCUGCAUGAGGUGGGCGGUGUUGUGUUCCUUCCCCCUCACCCUGGGAAAUCAUUGGGGAACAUUAGUAGACUGUCCAGAUGCAGUGAGUCAGAGGAGGACGUGUUUCACUUUAGCUGAGCAGUAAAAUGAGGGAGGGGAGAGGCGACGGUGAUCUUUAAGUCCACAUAAGAAGAAAAGUUCUGGAGCUUCGAUGUGCCUACAGAGUCGCAGUAAACACGCUGAUGUUUCCAUGUUUUAUUCAACACGCCAAUGACUGUUUGAAGCUGCAAAGGCUCAAUCGUUAGAGACCAAAAUUUGUUCCCUCUUCUGUGUUUUUGCACAGCAUACGCUUGUUGCCAACGCCACGUUAAAGCCUUCGUGGGACGUCGAGGUUGUGCUUCCAUAGUUUAAGUGAAUCACGGGCCCUAAUUUAAGUUAAUGGAAACCUGCUCGGUCCAUCUGGGGGAUGAAGCAGGAUCAACCUGCUAUGAUGAUGUUCAAUUAUCUGGAAAUUAAAAUUUAGCAGAAAAAUAAACCUGCUCUUGAGCAGCAGCAGGUUUUCUGCUCUGUCUGUCUGAAAAAGCAAACAUUAUGUAACAUUAAAAAAAAAUUCUAAUGCAGAGUCCAUUAGACCACUUACAUCUUUUAUUUUUUAAUUUUUUUUUCCCAGUGCAGUCAAAUGUUUUAUGUCCUGUGUUAGUUUCAUGUGCCUUGAUUGUGCUGCCCCCCGGUGGUUUGAGUGUGGCAGUGCAGUUUUCUUGCUGCUCUUGGCUCAACUGAAGAAAUGCUCAUUUGUUUUUUUUUGGACACAUUUAGAGACACUGAUAAAAGUAUUUUAUUAUGAAAAUAGAAAAUAUGCGAGGAAUGGAAUAGCUCUGACACAUGCUGACAUCAAGUCUGUUGAAUAAUCUUAUUGACCGAGCUCUGAUCUGUGGGGGGGAGACCAUGGGGAGUCAGACCAGUUUUCCUCUGCAGGUCGAUGUGACUGAAAAUCCAAGUGAUAGGGCGAUGAAGGGCCUGAUGAUCUGCUGUUUGUGUCUUUAUCUGCUGCUUCUGAACCGCUGUCAUCUUCUGUGUUUCAAAGUUUACGGUGAAGGGAAGAUGAGUUUUUAUUUUAUUUUAUUUUUCAGUCAUGCUGAUUAUUAAAUGAUUGAUUCUUUAUUCUAAGAGAGAUCUAUUUUUCCAUUUAGACGAAUGUAAGUUUUCUAAACUAAUCAAAUCACUCUACUGACGUGCUUUUGACUGAAACAAAUAAAUUGAAUUAUGACAAAAAAGACAAACUGUUGUUUGGUUUGUGAAACGCUGGCUGCGUCCUCCUCU